AUGAUAUUCUUCAAGAGCUGUUCAGCGCUGUUGCUGUUGGCUAUGGCUUCUGAUGUCUCAGCAAAGUCCUACGAUUACAUAAUCGUAGGAGGCGGCACGGCUGGUUCUGCACUGGCGAUGCGUCUGAGUCUUGGUCUCCCCGAUGCUCAGAUCCUCCUCCUCGAGGCUGGUCCGGCCGCCCUCGAGGAGCUCCGGAUCAACGUCCCCGGCAUGCGGGGCUCGAUCCUGGGGACGAAUUACGACUGGAACUUCACCACCGUCGACCAGCGCGGCCUUGGUGACCGCAAAGUCAGUGCCAACCGCGGCAAGGUCCUGGGAGGCUCGUCAGCCAUGAACUACCUCUGCUACGACCGCGCCGCGGCUGCCGAGUACGAGGCGUGGGGCGAGAUGGGCAGCAAAGGCUGGACGUGGGAGACCAUGAUCGAUGCCAUGACCAAAUCGGAGAACUUUACCGGGUCGGACAAGGACACUCGUGGCCGCUCCGGUCCCAUCCGCAACAUCUACAAUCGUGUCAUCUACGACGUCCUGCACACGUGGCGGCCGGCUGGUAAAGAGCUUGGCCUCCCCAUAAACGAGGAGAGCUACAUGCACGGCAACCCAAUUGGCAUCAUGUUUCAAGGAACAAACAUUGACAACAGGGACUACAAGCGGUCUUACAGUGCCAACAGCUACCUGCCCCUGGCCGGAUCCAACCUUGAGGUGAGGACCAACACUCAGGUUGCCAAGGUCAACUUGAAGAACGAGUGCGGCAAAGACCACACUGCUACCGGCGUCACUCUGACCGACGGUACAGUCGUCAAUGCGACCAAAGAAAUCAUCCUUUCAGCCGGCUCUAUCCAGAGCCCCGGCCUGCUCGAGCUUUCCGGCAUUGGACAGCCCGCCGUGAUCAAGGCAGCGGGAGUCACCCCUCUCAUCGAUCUCCCCGGCGUCGGCGAGAACUACCAAGACCACAUCCGCACUUCCAAUGUUUACCGUCUCAAGGACGAGUUCGACUCGUUCGACGCCUUCAUCUUCGACGCCAGCAGCACCAACGUUACCGAGGAGCUGCAAAAGUGGCUCGACGGCGAACCCUCGCUGUACGAAUAUACGACCGCCGCCUACGGCUUCCUGAACUGGGGGCAGGUCGACAAGAAGGCGCAAGCCGACAUUGUUGCGCUCGCCAAGGCCGAGUUCGGCAACAGCACGCACCCCGUCGACAAGAAGAAGCUCGAGUUCCUCCAGGACGACGCCGUCCCGGACUACGAGCUCAUCUUCGAGGCCAACUACGUCGGCGCGGCCGGCUACCCGGGCUCGGGCAAGUACAUCACCGUCCUCAGCACCGUUAUGCACACCUUCAGCCGUGGUAACGUGCACAUCAACGCCGCGAACCCCACGGGCGCGCCCAUCAUUGACCCGGGCUUCCUCAAUAACGGGCACGACGCCAAGGCCGCCGUCGAGGGCGCCAAGUUUGCGCGCAAGAUCGCCGAGACGGGGCCGUUGAAGGCCGUGUGGGAGGCUGAGACAGAGCCGGGCCCCACCGUGCAAACGGACGACGAGUUCCGCAAGUUUGCCGUCGACACCAUCGCCAGCUUCUACCAUCCGGUCGGCACCUGCUCCCUCCUUCCCAAAGCCGACGGUGGUGUUGUGGAUGCGGAACUACGGGUUUAUGGCACGACCAACUUGCGUGUCGUUGACAACAGCAUCAUGCCGAUCAUCGUGUCGGGGCACAUCCAGACGGCGGCGUACGGUAUUGCUGAAGUGGCUGCUGCCAAGAUCAUUGUUGGUGCUUCCUAA